CAAGGCUUUAGCUGCGACGGUCACACCGGACUGCAUAACAAUUUCCAUUUCUUACCUUAACAGUAGCAAACCCCAAUUACAAAUACAAAAUGUAUCGCCGAUGUCUAUUAGUUGGAAUCAGGCCCACCUGGCGGAGCCGUCACAUGUCGGUGGUGGCCAAGUCCUUAAAAUACACGCAGCACGGUGAGCCGCAGGAUGUGCUGCAACUGGUGGAGGAUACGCUCCCCGAUCCCAAGGACAACCAAGUGCUGGUCAAGAUCCUGGCGGCUCCUAUCAACCCGGCGGACAUUAACACAAUUCAGGGAAAAUACCCAGUGAAGCCGAAGUUUCCAGCCGUCGGCGGCAAUGAAUGUGUGGCAGAGGUCAUCUGUGUGGGCGACAACGUCAAGAACUUGGAGGCGGGACAGCAUGUCAUUCCCCUGGCCACCGGUCUGGGCACCUGGACAACGUAUGCCGUUUACAAGGAGGAUCAACUGAUGGCCGUGUCCAAAAAAGUGGGUUUGGCUGAAGCCGCGACCUCGACGGUAAACCCCACCACCGCCUACCGCAUGCUCAAGGACUUUGUGCAGCUCUCUCCGGGUGACACCGUCAUCCAGAACGGAGCCAACAGCGCCGUGGGCCAGGCGGUGCAUCAGCUGUGCCGCGCCUGGGGUAUUAAUAGCAUUGGUAUCGUCCGCGAUCGCCCCGAAAUUACCGAGCUAAAGCAGAUGCUGCAAUGCCUUGGUGCUACCAAAGUCCUAACCGAGGCUGAGAUCCGCAUUAGCGACAUCUUUAAAUCAGGCAAGCUUAAGAAGCCCCGCUUGGCCUUUAAUUGUGUGGGCGGAAAAAGUGCCACAGAGGUGUCUCGGCACCUGGACAAGGGUGGAGUUAUUGUCACCUAUGGAGGCAUGUCCCGCGAACCCGUCACGGUGGCCACCGGACCGCUCAUUUUCAAGGACAUUGCAUUUAGAGGCUUCUGGAUGACCCGCUGGUCAAAAGAGAACUAUAGUUCUCCGGAACGAUCAAAAAUGUUUCAGGAAAUCUUCGAUCUGAUGGAGCAAGGGAAGUUCGUGGCCCCGAACCAUGAGAUGGUGCCGUUAAAUCACUUUAAAGACGCUGCAGCUGCAGCCUUGAACUUCCAGGGAUUCACUGGCAAAAAGUAUAUCUUAGACAUGAAUGUUUAGAUGCUUAAAUUUAGGCUCAGCCUGCCGUUUUAUUUGCCCAAACAUACAAAUUGUUAUAUACUGUGAUACGA